AUGUCUUCUACAUACUUUGCAGAAAGAACAGCUACUGUAGAGGCCGACACGACGUCGUCUGUCCCUCACGCACCACUACUCACCUCGCUCUUGCCUGAUGCUGCUCCGGCUGUUCAGCCUCCCACGCUGCCGCUUUUGCGUCAGCAUGAAGAUUCAGUGCUCGUGGGGGAGACGGCGGAGCAUGUGUUGGAGGAAGAGCGGGUGGACUUGGAGCCGGUUGUGGCGCUGGACAUGCUGUGGAAUGCGGCGUUCGUGGCGGUGUCCGUGGUGACCUUGAUCACUACGUUGGGUGAGAAACCUAAUACUCCUAUUAGAACGUGGAUUUGCGGCUAUGCCCUUCAGAGCUUGGUGCAUGUUGUUUUGGUUUGGUUGGGGUGCAGGAGGAGGAACACCAGCACAACGUCCGCCAUUGAUGAGGAGAGAGGAGUCGCUGCUGCUGAAGAUGUUGGUGAUAGAGAAGAAGAUGCUGCUGCAGAUGAUGAUGAGAUUGAAAGCAGUCUUUUUUAUUCAUAUCAACCUAGUGUAACCAAACGAUGCGAAUCGGCGAAUAUGAUGGCAUCGUUUCUUUGGUGGAUGAUAGGCCUAUACUGGGUUGUUUCUGGUGGUGAAAUUUGUCUGCAAAACGCUCCACGUUUAUUCUGGUUGGCGGUGGUUUUUCUGGCAUUCGAUGUGUUCUUUGGAAUCGUUUGUGUUGUUUUGACGUGUUUGAUCGGGAUUGCUCUUUGUUGCUUCUUGCCCUGCAUCAUUGCAAUCCUUUAUGCUUCUGCUAAGAAGGAAGGUGCAGCAGAAGCAGAUAUUGAUUUUCUUCUCAAGUAUCGGUUUAAGAUAAACAAUUAUGAAAACGUGAGUACGGAGGCUGGGAAAAUGGUCCCAAUGAGCGGCGGAUAUUCGGCAAAUGAGCACUUACUCUUACCUGAUGAUGCAGAAUGUUGUAUAUGUCUAAACUCAUACGAAGAUGGCGAAGAACUCCAUUCUCUCCCUUGCAACCACCAUUUUCAUUCAACAUGCAUCGUGAAAUGGCUUAAGAUGAAAGCAACAUGCCCGCUCUGCAAACACAGUAUAUUCAAGGGAAAGGAACACGAAUGA